UGAAACACUUUUGUCUACUCUUUGGUUACUCUAAGCAUUCUGGUCUCUGCUAGGAAGAUAUACCUCAUCAGCUGUCUUGAAGCCCUUUCUUCCCUUUCCUCACUCCCCAGAUUUCAGAAGGAGUUUCUUUCACCUGGAUAUGGAAUUCUUCAUUCUGCUAGUCCUCAGCAUUGGAUUUUGUCAAGCCAGUUCUCUCCAACAAGAAGUAGAUUGUGAUGACCCAGAAGUCGUCGAUGCUGUGGCUAGAGCAAUAAAAGCAUUUAAUGAUGACAGAAGUCAAGGAUAUAAAUUUGCCCUCAAUCUCAUUCUUCAUGCCUACAGAAUAGCAGGCCCUGGAAAAAAAUUUCACGUCGUCUAUGAAGUAAGAGAAACCACAUGUCCUAUUGCUGCAGAUGAACCCUGGCAAAACUGUGAUCUUUUAGAGACCUUGGAUGGAGACUCUGGAACCUGUACAGCUGACAUUGAUAUUCAUGAGUCACAACAGAUUUCCUCCAUUUCGCAGAGUUGCAAAAUUAGCACAGGCCCGGAGAAUGUAGUGCGAUCCCAUACUCAAUGCCUAGGUUGCUGGCAUCCCAUAGACACUGACAGUUCAGAAGUGCAUCCUAUUGUGAGACACACCAUACAGCAAUUUAACAAUCAGAGUAACCACAGUUCCUUAUUUCAACUUAGGAUAAUAAUAAAAGCUCAACGUCAGGUGGUUAAUGGAUGGAAUUACCAUUUGGAAUAUUCGAUAAAAGAAACAAAUUGUUCUAAGAAUACAUUUCAAGAUCUGAAUCCAGCAUGUAGACCCCUUCCUGGAGGUCAAGGAGGUUCCUGUACAGCUUAUGCCUACGUUGACAGUACAAACACACUGGUGUCUGCUGAACAGGCGUGCAGACUUCAAGUUGAGGAAAGGAUGAGCUCUUCUGAAGUGUGUGCUGGUUGCCCCAUCAAGAUUCCACGAGAUAGCCCAGAACUGAAGAAGCUUCUGGAAACUGCUUUGGAAUUAUUUAAUGAAAAAAGCAACAGGGACUUCUAUUUCAAAGUUGUAGAAGUAACAAAAGCAACAUCACAGGUUGUGGCUGGAAUAAUGUAUCGAUCUGACUUCAAAAUUCAGGAGACAAAUUGCUCCAAGGCUGAGGUUGAGAAGCCAGAUGAACAUUGUACUGUUGUGGAAGACGGUGAACUGUUGGACUGCUCCGGCUCAGUUUAUGAGAGACCCUGGGAGUCAAGAAUCGAACCAAGAGUGACAUGCACAGACCAACCAUUUUUACCGUUGAAUUUUAGGGCACCCCCAGGUUUCACCCCUUUCCGAGGUGUUUCCAGAACCUCUACUCAAAUCAGUAGUAGAAGAGCACUGGAAGAAUCCCAUCCUGAUCCAAGAAGACCAGACACUCGUGGAAACAGACGGGGCCACGGCCACAUUCAUGGAAACAGACAGGGCCAUGGCCACGCCCAUGGACACAGACGGGGCCACGGACAUGGGCACAGAAAGCCAAGAGAGAGUUCCUCUGAGGAAGUUGAAGUUCUACCACCUGUUCAAACUCUAGAUCAACUGUCUACUUCAAAACCUUUUCUGGAACAGGGGGUUACUAGAAUUCCACUUGAAGAAAGUGUGGGAUUUUCUGAGGUCUCACCAACAUAUGGCAGCCCUAUGGAUUCCCCCCUUUUCUUAGACCACCUACCAGAUCUUCCAGAACCACCAAAAUGUCCCGGAACACCAUGGAAACCUACAAAAGAUCCAAAGCCUCAAGAUACCUCCUUUAAGGAUUUUGAUCUUUUGGAUGCGCUCCAGAAUUAAAAAAAAAAAAAAAGCAGUGAGUUAUUUCUCCAGAAAUGCUCUAAGUGGAAACGAUGAAGUUCUUGGGAUUUCUGACUGCAUAGAAGCAUAACACUUAAAUACAGUUGCAGCCAAGUUUGGCCUGCAACAUCAGCUUGCCAAGCUUCUUAAUGUCUUUGCAAGGUACAGUAGUUGGCAAACAGUCGAACUAGAAAGUUAAUUCAGUCAGCUCAGCCAGCAAGCAAUAUGCACCACUGCCUUCUGCAGCAAACUUGCAGAACCAGUGUUGCCUGCAUUCAACCCUGGAGAAAAAAAUAUUCCCUGGAAAAGAAAGGGCCCUUUGCAUGCCUAGAGCAGCUCAAUGGGUGAAUUAUGUUGUUUCUCUGCAGUCAGUUAUUGUGGAAUUUUAAAGGUGCACUACUUUCCUAUACCUGAUUAGAAUGAUUAUUUUAUGACAAAUUUGUAGUAACUGCAUUGAAUUCGGUACAAUUAUAUUAACUAAUCCACUCUUUCUAUUACUGGCUUGCCAUACAUUUGAUUGCACACCCUUCCUUGACUAAUAAAUAAAAGACACGUAUCAAAGCA